UAGUCGAACUGUUGCACAUAUCUAAGGUAAACAAAUAAAUGUUUAUUUCCGAGAUAUAUCUAAAAAGGAAGAAACUAUGAGUUGCAACUAUGCGGAUGGCCUCUCUCCAUAUGAAAACAAAGGAAUUCUUGGAGUUCCCGAGAAUUUCGAUAAUAAAGAAACUGUAGAAACUAAAUGCAAGGAGUUAGCCCAUCUUGUUAAAGAGUCCUCCCAUGUCGUAGUGCAUACCGGCGCCGGUAUUAGUACAUCGGCUGGCAUACCAGACUUCAGAGGACCUAAAGGAGUUUGGACUUUGGAAGAGAAGGGAGAGAAACCGCUCUUCAAUACAUCAUUUAAUGAAGCUAAACCAACAAGGACACACAUGGCACUAAAGGCUCUUGUGGAAAGAGGAUUCGUGCAAUAUAUAGUUAGUCAAAAUAUUGAUGGCCUUCAUUUAAAGUCUGGCUUGUCAAGAAAUUACUUGUCCGAGCUGCACGGUAAUAUAUUCAUCGAGCAGUGUAAAAAAUGUCGGAGACAGUUCGUACGCAAAGAAGCCGUGGAGACUGUGGGUCAAAAGCCUUUAGAGGGACUCACCUGCAGAGCAGCCGAUGUAGGCAGUAGAAGUUGUCGUUCUGGAUUUAUGCAUGAUAAUGUUUUAGAUUGGGAGCACGAUUUGCCCGAACGUGAUUUAGAUUUGGCAUUUAUGCACUCAACAAUGGCCGAUUUAAACAUAACUCUGGGAACUACUUUGCAAAUUGUUCCAAGCGGAAAUUUGCCGCUUAAGAACCUAAAAAAUGAUGGCAAACUUGUCAUAUGUAACUUACAGCCAACAAAACAUGAUAAGAAAGCGAAUCUCAUUAUAUCUUCCUACACUGAUGAUAUCCUGUCCAAGGUGUGCAAAAGAUUAGGCGUUGAAAUUCCGGAAUAUUUGGAGGCAGAUGAUCCGACAAGCCCAAGUACAACAUCAUCCUUAAUAGAAUGGACAUUACAGCAAGAUUAUGUAAAGGCAAUAGAAGGAAAAUUUAAUGCUCAUCGAAAAGCAACAAAGACAAAAAGUAAUCAUAAAGAAUUUAUUCCAAAAAAGAAGCUUAAAUCCAAUAAUGAUGACUAAAUGAAUAAAUAAAAUGUUCAAAAAAUUUUCUUUCAACUAAUCCGUUACAAUCAAGAAACAUAAUAAUUUAAAGAUUUUUCCAAAAUUCGAUUCUUUCACUAUGUGUCUCGAAAGAAGCAAUAUUAUAAUUUCAUUCAAACCACAAACAAAUGUAAGAGUUGAAAUCUAAUUGAAAGUAAAGGAAAUCAUAAAACAUCAAAAA